AUGAGAACCAGUUUCUUAAUCUCUCUAGUACUUUUUCUAGCUCUUUCAGUUUGCAAUGGAGGGCAACUGAAGAAGCAGUUCUACGCGGACACGUGUCCCCUCGCGGAGGAAAUCGUGACGAGCAUCACUUGGAAGCGAGUUGCAACCAAUUCUUCUUUGCCUGCAAAGUUCCUGAGGAUGCAUUUCCAUGAUUGCUUUGUUAGGGGUUGUGAUGCGUCGAUCUUGUUGGACUCGACAACAAACAACACUGCGGAGAAAGAGGCGGUCCCAAACCUGUCGCUCGGGGGAUUCGAUGUUAUAGACGAAAUCAAAACCCAACUGGAGAAGACAUGCCCAGGAGUAGUCUCUUGUGCAGACAUCCUUGCUCUAGUUACUAGAGACUCGGUUUCCUACCAAUUCAAGAAGUCAAUGUGGGAAGUGCAAACUGGAAGAAGGGAUGGGGCCCUUUCGCGAGCCUCAGAGGCUUCGGCCAAUAUUCCUUCGCCUUCCUUCAACUUCUCUUCCCUCAAACAGUCUUUUGCAAACAAAAGCCUCACUGUUCAUGAUCUUGUUGUUUUAUCAGGUGGACAUAGCAUUGGCGUGGGCCACUGCAAUUUCUUCAGCAACAGGCUCUACAACUACACCGGAAAAGGCGAUGCAGAUCCUUCUCUAAACGCGACCUACGCCGCUUUCCUGAGUACCGAAUGCCGGAGCCUCUCCGACAACACAACCACCGUCGAAGUGGACCCCGGCAGCUCGGGCUCCUUUGACAACCAUUACUUCAAAAUAUUGAAGCUCCACCAGGGCCUUUUCCAGUCCGACGCGGCACUUUUGACUGACAAAGGAGCUAGUAAUGUUGUGGAUGAAUUGCAAAUGAAUUCUGAUAAGUUUUUCACCGAGUUUGGUCGGUCUAUCAAGAGAAUGGGUGCAAUUGAAGUGCUUACGGGAAGUCAAGGAGAGAUUAGGAAGAAGUGUAAUGUGGUAAAUUAA